CACUUGGUGAAAGGCUCAGGGCAGUGCUAAUAACUCGUGCUUUGGGAAGGCAGAUAGUAGCCCCGUGCUGGAUAACUGAUGAGACAUAGGGUGCACUAUCGAAGUCAAACCAAAUCAAGACUUUCAGAAUUCUCUGGGGAAAUUUGAAAGUACCUCUGCUGGGUUUGCUACCACUUAAAUGUUUGGCAAGGUGACAGAUCCCUUUUGAAACACCAGUAGCCUUUUGUGGUACAUUGAAUCUGGCAAACAGGAACCUACGCAGGUGCACAGCAUUCAGUUCUGGGAGUAUUGACCAGCCUUUGUACUUACUAAAGUUUCAUCGGAGGUGAUCGUAGCAUGAGUUCCUCGAGGAUAAUGGACCCUAAGAUGCGAGAGGCUGAAGGAGAUGGAGAGGACAAUUCAGGAAAGAAAAAAUCAAAGUUCAAAUCUUUCAAAAAGUUUUUUGGUAAAAAGAAAAGGAAGGAGACACCAUCUUCUGCAAGCAGCAAUCUGAAGUUGUGCCAGUCAACAAGUGAUGUUGCGGCCUCUCACGACAUGCGCAUUAAUUAUGACUCUGAAGAUGAACUUGAGGCACAUAAAGGCAUUAUGGGAAGCAGAGCUUUGUCACAUGAUAGCAUUUUCAUCCUUGAGACUGGGCAAGAGCCUGCAAGGCCAGUAAGAGUGUUUUCUCAAGAAAACAUUUCUGACCGGAUUAGGGCUUUACAGCUGAAACUCCAGCCUACCAUGAAAUUGGGACCUCCACCUCCAUUUGGACUUCAUGCAAAGCGAACAGAGGAUGCUGGGACCAGUUCUGAAGAUGAUGGAUUACCCAGAAGCCCUCCAGAAAUGUCUUUGCUCCAUGAGAGCCUAAACUCAGGCACAAGAACAAGAUUCUUUGACUCUCACAAGCACCUUAGCUCUUUGAGUUUAGCUGGAACAGGCAGUGAAGAAGAAGAACAGGUUACACUGCAUCCUUUUAGAGCUCAUGCUACAGAUGGUCAGCUGUUCACUAGGCAUGGAAGUGGAUCUCUGCAGACAUCUGACAGUACCGUCUCACCUACAGCCAAUUUUGACACUCCACCUGAACUUUCCACUGUCUUGGAUAAUUCUGCUGCUAAACAUAAGCUUUUAAUAAAACCCCGGAAUCAGAGAUCCAGUAAAAUGAGAAGAUUUUCUCAGAGGACCCAGUCUGAAUCUCUGACUGAUUUGAGCUGUACCCCAGAAGAAGAAGAAGAGGAUGAUGCUGUAUUCAAACCCAGCAAUCAAGAACUGCCAUGGACUGCAGCCGCAACACAGGAUGCUGUUUCCUGGCCAAAGCCCAGAGUGCCUGAGGACCUCCCCCCUGCUUUGAGACCAGUGAUGACUCAGCCUGCUUCUGAGCCUGCUGCUGUACAGGGAGCCCUGCUUCCGGAUAAUAAGCCACAGGACUGCCAACGAGUGCUGGAAACAACAUGUGAAGAGUCUGAGUCCUCACUGCUGAUAGAAGACAAAGAGCCCGCAACUUCUUCCUACUCCAGUCCAGACAGAGAAGUAAAAAAGCAAGAAGAUUCCUCAGAAACACUGGUUCUCUUGUCUGGGGAUGUGAGUGAUAUGUCAAUCAAUAUUUUAAAUCAAGAAAAUAAGGAGCAUCCUACUGUGUUUCCAGUAAAUAAAAUACCAUCCGAAGAAAAUAUUCCAAUUAGUAAGAAUAGUGUUGUAUUAUUGGGAAGGUCAAACGAAAAUAUACAGAAGGAUGAUCAGGUACCUGUGGAAAUGUCCUGUAGUGAAGAGGCAAAGAAAGAGUUUACUCUAUUGUCAGAGUCCAGCAAGGAGUUUUUUGUGGGUUCUUCCCAACCCACAGACUCGUUCCAUGUUUCACAUCCUGCUUCCUCAGUGUGGAUGGGAUCAUCUACUUCCUGCUCUCUAGAGAAAAUAAAGACUGCACAAGAGGCAGCUGCUUCUGGUAAGAACAGUCAGUCACUGGUCCACAAAGAGGAACUACUGGGGAACAAAGCUGAAAAAGUAGUCAGUGAACUCAAUGCCUUCAGAAAGUUUUCUGUGUCCUCUGCACGAGAGAGACCAAGAACCAGAAGCCUACACUUCCCAGAAAGAUCAGAGCUGGAAAGCCCAUUAAAUACUGGAUUCUCCCUGUCCAAAGAAAAGGUCUCCUCAAGAAAUGAGAAGUGGAAAGAAGACUUCCAGAAGGGAUCAGAGCUGGACGAGGAAAAAAGUAGCAACAAAAAGCAGACCUCGCUGGCAGAGUCUGACUCUGAGAACACAGAACCUACAGAAAUUUUGGCUGGUUAUGUUUCUCUGGCUGUUGAUGCAGUGCUGAUGCCAAGCAAUUCUUCGGUGGUAUCCCAGAAUCAGCCAAGCUGUAAAGAUAAAAGUCCUUUUCAAGUGAAACUUAGAUCCACCUCACUGUCCUUGAAAUAUAGAGACAACUCAUCACCAGAAUCAAAAGAGAUUAAAAGAUACAGUGCAGAAUUUAAUUUAGAAAAUGAGGGAUUGACUUCCUUUCUAAAAGGUGAUAAGGCAGAGAUCAAAAAACCAGCCAAUACAAAUAUUGGUGAUUCUUUAAAUGAAAAGAUCAAACCCAAAGCAAAGUCCUCUGAACAACUUAGCAGCAAACCUCCACUGCCUAAAAAGCCAGCAUUGCAAAACAUAACCAUCCCAAACACUACUGCAAACAAGGAGAAGCAGGACAAACCUCUGCAUUCUCCCGAAUCCAGAAGUGAAGACAAAGACUUGGAGAAACAGUCAAAUUCUGGUAAAGUGCCUGAGAAAAGUGUGCCUUCCCCUGUGGCUACUGGAGACUCUGGAAGAGAUCCUGACACUCCAGCAGAGCCAGCCUGGAUUUCCAUUGCAAGGCAAAAGCAGAGGGGCAUGCAGCAGGAGAAGGACAGAGAAAAGCUUGUGGCUCCGGAUAUUAAGACAGAUACAGAGAAAAAGAAUAAAGAAAAGGAACAAACAGAGGGGUCAGCGAAGCAACAACGGAGCAAAACAUCCUACUUGGCAGCUAAAAGCGCUUCUGAGGAGCAGAGGAAAGACACAAAGUCUGAAGUGAAGGAGCCUCUGCUGAGAACCAAUUCACUUUCACAUUAUGUCCCUGUAGCUCCAUCACCUGCACUGGCGGAUAAGGAGGAAAUAGGCCACUUGAAGAAAGCUAGUAAUGCUGCUCCAGAUGAGCCAUCGUGGAUGGAACUGGCCAAAAAGAAAUCUCAAGCUUGGAGUGAUAUGCCGCAGAUUAUAAAAUAGAAUGAUGCAAACAAAUAGCAUCUUUCAUAAUUAAGUCAACUACUUAACUGAACUUCUGCAUACCAGCUAAUCACAGUGAAGAAUCUCUUGAUACGGAAGAAGGAUUUUAUUAUACAGCUGUGGAGAAAGAGUGCAAUAGGUGCAGUCAAAAAGUUUACCUUCAACUUUUUAGCAAUCAGGAUUGCAAUGGCAAUGGAUUACUUCGGUUAUGCUAAGGACGUACUUAUACUUUGGAAAAUAAAACUUUUGCCUUACGUAUUUCCUGCAUUUUCUGCUUUUAAUUAUGUUUGCAUCAAAACAGGAUCUUUGUUAAACUUUGCUGAACUUCUGUUGUUGCGGGAAAAUUCCAUUUCUUAUGGGUUUCUCUGUUUACAUUUACAAAUUGUGCACUAACAGCCCGAUUCUGUGGAUGUGUUUCACUGGAAUCGCCUGACACUUCCUACCAAAGCUGUUAGGCCCAUGGUGGUAUUCCCGAAUAGCUGCUAGCGAGUGCUCCAUUAAAACGUGUUGCCCGAGCGGUGUGUUUGCCUGGCUGAGCCGAUGGUGCAGUUUCUGGGGUUGGGUUACAUUUCAGGAGGCACAAAUACCCACAUUUAUGCGUGACCACGAAUAAAAAUUCCUCGUCUCCUUCUCUGAGCAACCUUGGUUGCACAAUGUUUGCAAGCAAGUGAGCAGUAAGGAAACUGAACUGCAGUUGGAAGCUCAGCAGUGCAUUCACAGUUGCUUUCCUACAUGAAUUUAUCUGGUUGUAACUGGCUUUCCUUUUUGUGAAAGCUUUGUAAUCAGUUAGGAGGAUGGUAUUAGUAGUAAUGGACAAUAUGAAUUUAAUUAAGAACUGAAAAUCCUUGAACUAAAGUCCAAACUGAAAUGCUUGGAAAAACUGUGAAUUUCAUCAUAGUGUCAGCUUCACAUAACAUCCCCUACAUAAUCUUAAUUCUUCUCAAUAAAAAUCAGUAACAUACAGAUAGAACGUCUGUACUUGACUACCUUUAUCUAACAUUCUCAUGCUCAUUGACCUGAAUCUCCCCCACCAGUUUGGGACUCCCACUCAUGAAGUCUCCUAGGCUCUUCACUUCCACUUGUUUAACAAGAUUGACAAUAUAAAUCAUUUGUUGCUGAUUGACCAAAGUCACUCUGAACAUAUUUUAAGACCUCCCUGUGAGUUAAAGAAGCAAAGGACAAACCCUGUCAUGCCCCACUGCUAAGGCAAGCAUUUCAUGGGUGAAUACUCCUGUAUUAGCACUGUACUCCCUGGCUUUAUUUAUGUUUGUAUCAGUAAUUUUGUUCUUCUUGUCACAUUAAUGUUCUUUUUGGAAAAAUGUGGGCAGACUUUAGGAAAUAUAGGAUUUGCAAUUUCAAAACCUUGUCUUCUCCUCAGAGAUGGGGAGGAAAACCCAAGCCUCUCGGUAAUGACAACAACAUUUUGUAAUGAAUAAAGAAACAGAGAGUUGAGCAUGUGAAUAUCCAACACACUGCUAAAGGUUUUCAGUCAGGUUGUCGUUCAUCGUUGAAAAUACCAGAAGGGAAAACAAAUUUUCUGUUUGUCAAGGCCUUUGGACACAGACAGUCAGCCUGCAUCACUGCCGAAAUCCGCCUGCACGGCUGCUGGAGGCCUGAUGGGGCAUCUGCACAGACCUGCUCCAGCCCAUCACAGCAGCUGUCAGUGGUCCCCACCCAAAUAGGUUUCUGCCAGCUGUCCCAGGGUUUUCUCCUUCCUGCAGAUCACAGAAAGCAGUGUGGGAUACCCACUGAAAUCAGAAGCCGCAAGACAGCUCUCUGUUAAACAGAUCCACACCAGAAAUAGUAAUUUAAUUACAAAUAGGAAGUUAAUUACAGGACGUGCAACCUUGGGCUCAACUAUCUGAAGUUUGGUUCUGCAAAAACUUCCACACUGCUCCCCCACGAGCAAGCAUCCUUUAUUUCAAGUGACUUUUGGGGUUUUUUUGUGGUAUUCAAAUCAUACUCUAGGACCUACAGUGGAAAAAGGCACAUUUUUCAGAUACAAUAAAAACCGUCUUUAACCCCCUGUCCUUCCAAAACACCCUUUCUGUAAUAAAUAACUAAUUAGCAUAAAGUGUAAUUUUAAGAUAUGGUGUUACCUUUUGUAGCAAUCUUGAAAAAACCCAAAUAGUUUCUGUAUUAAAGGAAUAUACUAUAUUAAAAAAGACCAAAUUUGUAUUCUCUAGUUAUUGUCACCCCAUGAAAAGAGCACAUUGUUUCCAGGAAAUGUAGUUAAAGGUACGGUCUGUCUCCUUACAAUUCCCUCCCUGUUUAAAACAAUUAAAACUGUGUUGAAUCACAA